AUGUCUGGCAAUAACGGUGCCUUCAUCUACUCCUCGAACCUGACGACCUCCACCUCUGUGACGGGGAUGGAUGGCCAGAGAUCGGGUGUGCACCGGUCACAGCGCAUCUCUUCCGACGGCACUGGAACAACGAUAGAGUCGACUACGCAGAAGAUGGGGGCGAGCCAACUCGGGAGCCGCCGUAUCGAGGAUGUCUCCGAGACCGACCAGGACGAGCAAAAGCUCGACAGCGAGUGCGAGCUUAUCUCGAAUACUGAACAAGCAUACGAAACGCAUGCCCGCGAUGCUGCCGAGCCCAACACGAUCGAGGCCCGACAGGGAUACUAUUUCCAGAACUGGUCUGAGAUGGGAAGCAACAUCCGAUGUGCGAACGGAGCGGGAGGCUCGUACACUGCCGACUGGAGUAGCAAGGGAGGAUUCGUGUGUGGAAAGGGCUGGAGUGGAGGAGGCGCCAGCCGUCUACGGUUGGACCAGGAACCCCUCAUCGAAUACUACAUCAUCGAGGCUCACGCCGACCUCGCCCCCAACGAGCCGUGGACGUCCAAGGGAACCUUCACAUUUGAUGAAGGGACCUACGAAGUGUUCACCAGCACCCGUGUCCAGAAGCCCUCUAUCGAGGGUACGAGAACCUUUGAGCAGUACUGGUCCGUCCGCCAGGAGCAGCGCGUCGGCGGCACCGUCACCACGGCCAAGCACUUUGAGGAAUGGGCGAAGCUGGGGAUGAGGCUGGGUAACCACGAUUACGUCGUACUUGCCACCGAGGGUUAUACUGCCGAUGGUGGCCCGGGAAGCAGCGGGUCUUCAAGCAUUACUCUGCAAUAG